AUGAAGAUUUUCAAGAAAUUGGAGAUUAACAUACCCUUCUCUGAAGCUUUGCAACAAAUGCCUUCUUAUGCUAAAUUUCUGAAGGAACUCCUCACUAAGAAAAGGAAAUACAUUGAAGAGGAAACCAUUGAAGUACAAGGAAACUGCAGCGCUAUCAUACAAAAACUUUUACCUCCCAAGUUAAAAGAUCUAGGAAGCUUCACCAUUCGUUGCACUAUAGGGAAUAUCUCUGUUGGAAGGGCACUCAUUGAUUUGGGAGCUAGUAUCAAUCUGAUGUUGCUCUCUAUGUUUAAGAAGAUUGAAGGUUUGGAACUCAAGCCUACUCGGUUGACUCUUCAACUAGCAGAUAGAUCUCUGAAAUAUCCUUAUGGGGUAGCUGAAGAUGUGCUUGUGAAGGUAGACAAGUUUCUAUUUCCUAUGGACUUUGUUAUCAUGGAGAUGGAGGAGGAUGUGAAUGUGCCUCUCAUUCUUGGGAGACCGUUUAUGAAGACUGCAAGAGUCUAA